AAUCACAAAUAGAACAGUCCAAAGUCAAUUGAGUAUUUGACAUGUUAAAAUUUACACAUCUUUUUUUGUUGGUCGGUAGUAAAUAGACGGGAUACAUUUCUAUUCUCCAUUGGGUUUUCGUUUCUUCGGUUUUACGAAAAAAUUUUUAGGCGCAUUGGUAUUACAAAAUAAAAGAUAUGAGUUUUUAUUACGCAAACGCUCGUCAACCGGAAAUCCUUCGGACUUUACAGAAAGAUGCUACAUUUACAAAUCAAUUGGGUCACGAUUUAUCGGAUAUUUUACGAUUUACAAAUAAACAUCUAUGGAUCAAAUACAAUAGUUUGUGUACAUUAUUAAUGGAAUUGGCGUAUCAUGGAUUUGCCAGUUAUAAUAAUUUACAAACACUUGGCGAAGAAUAUACUGGUAUAAUACAAAUUGAUAGUAAAUAUAUUGCAUUGCCAAGUAAAUUAUUGCAAAUGUUAUCAAUUAUAAUGGAAUAUGCUGGGGAACAGAUGCUUGUGAAAUUGAUUCGAAAUGUCGAACAUGAAAUUGAACGAAAUGCCGAAAUUCGACCAGAAGCAAAAAUUCAAUUAGUACGUUGCUGUUCAUUUUUAUUACAUGCCAUUCCAUACAUACAGGCAAUGCAUCGAACAUGGUUCUAUUUUUAUGGUGGAAAAUAUCAAAUAUCAAGACGAUUUACCGGAAUAAAUUAUGUUUUAAUACGGCAUUGGUUGAAUGUCAAGCAUUCAGUUUAUGGUUAUAAGGUGUUGGGAGCGAUCAGUUUGUUACAAUUGAUGUUGGUAUUCGCAGCCUUUGUAAAGGAAGUCAUUCGAACGAAACAAGUGACAAAAGAUACAAUCGAAAAAGUGAAUCACCUUAGGGAUCGCUUUGAAUCAACGUCACAACAAAACCAAUCAAAAAACGAAUUGAAGCCAAAAUGCGUUUUAUGUUUUGAGGAGCGCCGCGACACGUGCACCACACUUUGUGGCCAUCUAUUCUGUUGGUCAUGCAUAAUGGAUUGGCUGGAUCAAAGGGAAGAGUGCCCCGUCUGUCGAGAGCCAACAACAAAAUCAAAUGUCGUCUAUCUCAUGAAUUUCUCCUGAAAACCCAUUUGUGGGUACAGUUUAUUUUUUACGAUCGGUGUCAAAGGUUCUUUUUUACUAUAAUACUACUAAAUCUGAAUUGAAAAUGUGAUGUUU